GGCAGGAUCCACCCACAGACAUCCAACAACCAAACCAAACAGGAGCUCAUGCUGUCCAGCGGUGUAGCAGCUGUGACAAUAAUACACCGACAAUGUGUUAUUUCAUACCUAGUUGUUCGGAUAUAGUCUGUCUGCACAUGUAUUAAAAUUAUACUUGUAUCGACAAGUUGAGAAAAUCCUUGAAACAAGAAAGACUUAAAAUUAAACCUACAUUAGUGAAUGACAUUGGGGAAUACAUUUGGAAGGAGGUAUUUUGGUAAGGGAACAAUCCCAACAUAUGAGCCCACUCACUGACUCGCAAGUCGACUCUGGAUCCAAACAGCCCACAGUGUUGUUGUGAGGACGGAAGUGGUAGGAGGACUUCCCUCUGUCCAAUUAUUCGUUCCUUUUUGCUAACAGUUAAAGGAAUACACUGCUGCUUGCUCAGACAUGUCUACUGCCUACAAAAACAGAAUACAGGAAUUCAAAGUAACCUUGAGUGAAGAGAACAUAAACUUGAAGACACUGAGGGAGCUGUGCUUCAAUGGGAUCCCAUUUGAAGGAGGCAUACGAGCGCUUUGCUGGAAAAUCCUUCUUAAUUAUCUACCUCUCGAUCAGACAUUAUGGGAGUCUUUCCUCAAAAAGCAGAGAGAGGUGUACUCCCAGUUCCUAAAAGAAAUGAUCAUCCAGCCGGGGAUUGCCAAAGCUAACAUGGGCCUUUCUAGAGAAGAUGUGACUAUGGAGGACCAUCCUCUAAAUCCGAACCCAGACAGCAGGUGGAAUAACUACUUCAAAGAUAAUGAAAUUCUACUACAAAUUGACAAGGAUGUAAGGCGGCUGUACCCAGACAUGGCGUUCUUCCAGCGUCCCACAGAAUACCCAUGCCAACUUAUCUUGGACCCUCAGAAUGAUUAUGAGACGCUGCGUCGACGAGUCGAACAAACCACACUGAAAGCACAAACUGUAAACCGCAACCGCAGUGGAGUCACCAAUGUCAGUUCCCCUGGAAAAUCAUUGAACCUGUAUCCAUCUAACGAGUAUGAGGUCCUGCCCAAUGGGAGUGAAGCACACUGGGAGGUGGUGGAGCGGAUCCUCUUCAUCUAUGCCAAACUCAACCCUGGGAUUGCCUACGUACAGGGCAUGAAUGAGAUUGUUGGGCCAAUUUACUACACCUUUGCCACACACCCCAACAGCGAGUGGAAAGAGCACGCUGAAGCAGAUACAUUCUUCUGUUUCACCAACCUGAUGUCGGAGAACAGAGACAACUUCAUCAAGAGCCUUGAUGACUCUCAGUGCGGCAUCACCUACAAGAUGGAGAGUGUGUACUCCAUGCUCAGAGACAAAGACCUGGAGCUCUAUCACAAGCUGGAAGAGCAGAACAUCAAACCCCAGUACUUCACAUUCCGCUGGCUGACCUUGUUGCUAUCGCAGGAGUUCCUCCUGCCAGAUGUCAUCCGCAUCUGGGACACCCUGUUUUCUGACCAGGACAGAUUCCACUUCCUCAUCCUGGUCUGCUGCGCCAUGCUCAUACUCAUCCGAGAUAAUUUACUGGCAGGAGACUUCACAGUGAAUAUGAGAUUACUGCAGGAUUACCCCAUCUCAGAUGUCCACACCAUACUGACCAAGGCCAAAGAUCUGCGGGAUAACUCCUAACCUGUCCACGCUCUUCCUCCUGCCUUUUCUCACAUGUGGUAGGUUAGAGUUUAAACAUGACAAAACAUUGUGGUGUCAAACAUGUUUUGAGGGAGGACUUGAUCAAUGUGGACACAUGUCAGGAAAACCCAGCAUACUGCUUUUUAACUUUGAUUUCUAAUGAUUGGUCAUUGGGGACUGCUGUGAAAAUGUUUGAGGACACUAACUUUCUUUAAAGUGAGGAGGUGAUGCCACUUGCUUCUUGAUGCAUUAGGGGAACGGCUAGCUUGGUGGUACGUGGUCCUCCUCCUCUCACAGACAUCUCUUCCAUGGACACUUGUGCUCAGAUAAAGAUAAAGACAGGGAGCUUCAUUAUUCCUACACUACAGAUCUUAGUUUGUCAUGAAAACAUAGCAGAAAUGUUGAACAACAGAGCCAAGAGUUCCCACUGUAACCAUGAGUAAAUGUGUCGUUGGGCUGAGCAACAGUGCAUGCUUUUAGUUUUUAUUGUAAGGAACAUGUAUGCCUUAUCUGUUUAAUUAUAUGAAACAGGAGACCGUAUUUCUGGGUACACUUUUUGUGGGGAUAAAAUAAAUCUAAGGUGGACCUCGCCUAUUGAAUAUUUCAUUAA